AUGUCAGAACAGCUUAAUGAUGGAUUAAAACCUCUUUGUGGUAUUGUUGUAUGUUGCACGUCAAUUCCAUCUGAAAUUAAAACAGACUUGGCUUUAAAAGCAUCGAAAUUAGGUGCAAUUUAUACGCAAGACUUGACGUCUCAAGUUACACAUUUGAUCGCAGGAAAAUUAAAUACAAUGAAAUAUAAAUAUGUUGCAAUGCACCGAGUAGAUAUGAAGAUUAUGCAUGUUGGUUGGAUUUUUGAUAUUUAUGAACAAUGGCUGAAUGGUGAUGAUAUUGAUUUUCUAGAAUUUGAAAAAAAGCAUAUUUUACCUCCUUUUUAUAAUUUGUUAAUUUGUGUAACAAAUAUACCUGCAGAACAAAGAUCAGAAAUAGAAGAAAAGAUUACUUGUUUUGGGGGGAAAUAUACACCAGAUUUAACAAAAGAUACUACACAUUUGAUAGCCACAGAUGCAUCUGGGAGGAAGUAUGAAUUCGGCAUUAAAUGGGGUAUCAAAGUGAUUAGACCUGAAUGGUUUUGGCAAAGUAUUGAACGAGGAGCAUGUUUAGAAGAGCAUUUUUUUAGUCUUGAUAUGGCUCCUGAAGAAUUAGGAAAAGGUUCAUGGUUUCCAAUGCAAGAAAAUGAAAAAGAUGAAGAUCAACAAAUGUUUGUAAAAAAAAAAAUAAAAAAAAUCAAACUUGAUCUUAGCCAAGUUUGGAAUAAUAUAGUAAAUGAAAAUCAUAAAUAUGAAAACGAUCUUCCUAAAAAAAUUGAUAAUUUAACACCUAUUAAUAUGAUUCAAGAUACCGAAAAUAAUGAAUUAAAUGGCAUGUUCUUCGGAUUAUAUUUUUAUGCAUGGGCCUUUGAUAGUAGAAAAACGAAAAUUCUUGAAAAUAUAAUUAAAUCGCAUGAUGGAUUAUGGUGUAAAACAAUUCACGAUUUCCCAGAUACUUCUAUUCACAUAUAUAUAAUUGUUUCUCAUGAUCUUCCAAAAUUUAAGUUUCCGGAUAUAUCUAAAGGUUGUUUCGUUACUGAGUGGUGGAUUGAAAGAUGUUUACAUAAUAAAAAAUUCAUUGAGCCAUCAGAACAUCUUCUUUGUAGGCCUUUACUUUGCAGUUUUCCAUUAGAAGGUAUGCAGGAUCUUUCAAUAUGUCUUACAGGAUUUUCUGGAGUAGAUUUGUUGCAUAUUAGUAAACUUAUUGUUCUUUUAGGUUCAAAAUAUUAUGAAAGUCUUAAUAAUAAAAGAAAUUUGCUUAUUUAUAAUAGUAAAUCAAAAAAAAGCAGGAAAUAUAUAAAAGCAAAAGAUUGGAAUAUAAAAAUAGUAACCGAAGAUUGGUUAUGGGAAAUUAUAAAACAAGGGAGACUUAUUGAUUUAAAUGAAUGGGAAAAAAAGAAUCAAGUUAAAGAAAUUAAUAAUUCCUCUAAUUCUACACCUAAAACAUUAACUAAAGUUACUUUAUAUUUUCAUAAUAUAAAAGAGAGUUAUAUGAAUGAAAUAUUUUUAUUAGCAGAAAAAUUAGGUAUUAGGAUAUCCACAGAGUUAAAUAAUUCUGUAACUCAUGUAAUUUCUGAUGAACCUUUAUUAAAUAUUAAUCAAAAAACAAACAUGACUGAUGCAAAAUACAAAAUCAUAUCUUCUAAAUGGCUUUUGGCAUGUCAAAAUCAAUUAAAGUUUGGCGACUUUGAUUUUCAUAAUAUACUGGAUUCUAAUGAGACACCCAAGAACUUUGAUUGCGGAAAUUUAUCUAUGCAAAGAAAACACGAAACACAAAUUACAAACAUAAAUUAUCCAAUAGAUCUAUUAAAAAAAGACGUUGUUUUGGAAAAAAGAAAAAUAAAAGAAAAAAUCAAAGGAAGAUCAACUAGUUUAUCAAUUAUAUCUACAAAUAUUCCUAUAAUUAACUAUAUGUCAAAAAAUAGUCCUGAAGUAUUUAACGAUGAUAAGCAGAAUAAAUCUAUUCAAUCUGAAUAUGUAAAAUACCAAGACAUUGAUGCUUUAUGUGAAAAAAAACAACUGUUAGAAAAACUUAGUAAAAUAUAG